AUGCGGCGGCAGCGAUUUCAGGUGAGGUGGCCUUUGCCUUGGGUGGCUUCCACCAUGGCAACUGGUCCUACCCGAUGGAUCACUUGGAGGUCCUGUGCCCUGCUCCGGUCCGCCGCAGCCGUGAGCAUCACCCCGAAGCAGCCAUGUGAGAACCCCGAAUCUCGGCCCGCCUGUUGGCGCCGGGCACGGAGCCGGGGCGCACCUGGUAUGGCGCAGGACAGAUCGCCGCUGCAGGCCACGGGCAAAGCCCGCCUAGAGAUGCCGGAUGAAUCCGGAGGCGCUGGGGACUGUUCUUCAAGACAAGCUCAGAAGCAGGUCACUCGCCGACUCAGCCGUCUCGAUGCCCAAAGAGCUCUUGAGACUUUCGCCACCUUGGCCAAGCAGAAGGUGCAGCUGAAUGCUUUCCAUGCUAGUGCCGUGGUUGCGGCCUGUAGCAAGGAGAGUCAAUGGCAGCAGUCUCUGGCAUUGCUGUCGGAGCUGGCUCAGCUGACGAUUCAGACAGAUGUCGUCGUGUUCAACUCUGUGACUCAAUCAUGUGCAACAUGCCAGCAGUGGCAAACAGCCUUGGAUCUCUGCCUUUCAAUGCGAGGGAUAUCGGUACCUCCUAACGACAAGACGCAUUGCACGGCUUCGAACGCCUGUGCCGGUGCUUCACAAUGGGAGGAGAGCCUGCGUAUCACCGGCACAGCCUUCCAGGAUGCAAGUUCAGCGAAGGUAGCCUGCAACACGGCGCUUCGCGCCUGUGGCACGUGGUCACUCUGGCGAUCGGCAUUGGAAGUGGCUGCUUCGUUGCGCCGCUUCUUUAUCGAGCUUGAUCAAGUUGCAGCUACAACUACAAUCCGCUUGUUGACAAGCGCCUCACAGUGGCAGCUGUCACUGCAAAGUGAACAGGUGACAGGGGUCAUCGUCUCUGAGGAUCCAAUCACAAGCAGCGCUUUGAUGGCAGCUGAGGGGGAGGCAGCUCUCUGGGAGGAAGCGUUGUCUCUGCUGUGGAUCAUGGUCUCAAACCGAUCUGCCGAUGUCUUCAGCUUCAGCACAGCCAUCACAGCCUGCACCGCCGGCAGCACUUGGGAGCUUGCCUUGGAGCUUCUCGGCUCGAUGAGCAAGGAGCAAAUUCGGCCCAAUGUCGUGGCCCUGAGCGCUACCCAAGCUGCAGCGGCGGCUGGGAGCCGAUGGCGCGAAGCCAUGGAGCUUUUGACUACUAUGCUCGAGACAACUCAGGCACCGAAUGAGAUCACGCUCAUGGCAGUCAUCGAUGCCUGCGGUUCAGGCCAGAAGUGGAAUGCGGCCCUGGGGCUGUUGAUGUCGGCACAGGAGCUGAGGAUUCGACUCUCCCAAGCCAGCUACACGGUCGCGAUGACCGCAUGCGAAGCUGGACGCCAGUGGGAACAAGGAUUGUGCACUUUGCGUUCGAUGCCAUCAUCGGCUUUGAUACCAAACGAGAUAUCACUCUCGGCCACCACGCUGGCUUGUCAAAGACACGCAGGUUGGGCUAUCGCGUUGCAGCUUCUCCCCGACAGAGGGUCUGCGAAGGUCGGCUUGGGUGGUGUGAGCGCUCUGCGCUGGGCCGCCCUUCUGGGCAGCUGUGAAAACGUGGAGAAGUGGAGUUUGGCAAUGUCACUGAUGCUCCGUCUCACAAGUGGCCGAGUCCAAGCCAGCGCAAUGGCCGGUAAUGCUGCACUGAGUGCAUGUGCAGCUGCUAGCCGAUGGCGUCAGUCACUGAACAUCCUGGGCCUACAUGCAGGCGUGCGGCCUUCUGCCAUUACUUUCAGUUCGAUGCUGAGCGCAUGCAACAGAUCUGGCCAUUGGCUGCAUGCACUCGGGACCGUGAGGCUGCUGCAGACACGGGGAGUUCGACAGACGAGUUUUGGGGCCACAGCUGCAAUUCUCUGCUGUGCUGAGCAGAGCUCCUGGAUGUUGGCACUUCGCAUGCAUGAGGAGCAAAGUGCAGGCGUAGAAGGACUGGCCGGGAUUGCGCAGGCCUGCAGCCAACGCAACGACUUGAUGCUGCCCAUGCUGCCCUUACUCGACUCUGUUGAGGGGUCGACACUGGGCGCUCUGAAAAAUCUCUCCUGCCGAUUCCUACCAUGCUUCCCUUCAGGUGGUCCAGGUCGCAGGGGCGGGGGGGGGGGCAGGGCGGCCGCAGAAGUCGAUUGCGUUCCUUUUCGGCACUCGGCUCAAGUUGUCGAUAGCGACUCUUUUGUUGUUUUUUUGUUUUUCUUUGUGUGUGUGUGUGUUGAGGAAGGGCCUGUGAGCGUGUUUCCGCUUAUUCCCAUCGAUGGCGAGAAGUAG